CGUUGCGCGCGCCGCGUUACGCGGAAUGCCGGAGAUAUCCCUCCGCGCGUCGGUGGCGGCGGUGUCGGCGCACGGGGGGCGGGGGGAGCGGUUCCGCGCACAUCGAAGCAGCGGGCGGCAGCAGCAGCAGCAGCGGCUCUCUUCCCCAACGCCUCCCUACAAACUCUGCCAUCAUAGCUAGCUCUGUCUCUCUCGCUCUUGCAGGCGAGCAAGCGGUGAAAAGAAAGGAUCGUGGACGUUCAACGCAGACAGCGGCAGACAGCGGCAGCAUCAGAGUCGUCACCGCUGCUCGCUUCAUGGCUCCACCGCCGCGCACGGAGCCGGGCGGGCGCGAGUGACUCCCGGAUGAUUUUACCGUCACCUCGUCACUAACGCCAUCGUCGUCGUCAUCAUCAUCAUCUCGUCCGCGGGUGGGAACGGCGGUCACGAGUGGCUGCUCCACCCCCCCCUCCCUCCAUCGCCUCUUCGACCAUCGUCUCGGUCGGCAACCUCCAUCGCCUCGCUCCCACGUUCACCCACCAUCACCUCCUCAAUCUUCUUCAUCUCUCUCCGUCGUCACCCCCUCGCCUCCACCGCCUUCAUCCCUGACCGACGGGGAGUGGUGACGGAGGGCAAGCGGGUCCCCUCUCCCAUCACCACCUCCAUCAUCAUCCUCCAUCCCAGCACCCCACGUCCAUCAUCACCGCAUCACCCUCCAUCAUCGUGCUCCUCCUUCCACCUCCAUCCCAGCACCGGUGAAGAAGAAGGAGGAGGACGAGGAGGACGAGGAGGAGGAGGUUACCCAGGCUGAACCCUUCGCCAUGGGCUCUUGCGAGAAGGACUUCGCCUCCACGGCGGCCGAGGGGCCACUGCGGCUGAGGCGGUCGGGCCCCGGGGCCCAGGACGUGAGGCUGGGGGGGUCCCGGGGGGUCGCUCUGCACGGGGGGGGGCCCCCCUCCGGGGUGCCCCGAGAGUUCGAGGCCGCGGGGCCCGGUGGGUACCCCUCGGGGCCCGGUGGGUACCCGGUGGGGCACGGUGGGUACCCCCCCGCGGGGCCCGGGGACGUCGCGGCCGUGCUCGCGGGACUCCGCAUCUACGGCGACGGCGGGCACGGCAGGUAUUCCCAGGAGAGCAAGCGCGCCAGUCUGGGCGCCUCCUACGACACUUCCACGCGCAUUGGCGGCGGCAACGGAAUGGCGAUGCCGGGCGGCCCCUCGUCACUCCAGGACCCUCGGCUCGCCGGCAGCCCUCGCUCCAGCCUGGGCCUGCAGCCGUCCGAUCAUCCUCACGGCCUGCCUAGCCCGCGCGGCUCCUACACGGGCCCGUUCGACAAGUACGCCAGCCCGCGCUCCAGCCUCGUGCUGGCACCGGGCUCUCUGUACGCGAGCCAGCGCGACGACGCGGCGGGCGCGGCCCCCGGCAGCGCCCGUUCCAGCCUGGGUUACGGCGGCGAGCUGCCGGCCAGCCCGCGCGCCAGCCUCAUCGGUCACUCCGCGGAAGCGGCGGGUGGUGCGGCCGCCGCUGUUGCCGCGGCCGCGGCGGCCGCGGCUGCUGCGGUGACGGUCGGCGGCAGCAACCGCACGAGCGGGAUCAGCAUGGGCUAUGACGACCGUUGCCCCGCGAUGAGCCCGCGCUCCAGCACGGGCAGCCAGUACUCGCACGCUGUCAGCCCGCGCGAGAGCUACACCAACUACACGGGCGACUUCGACGCCUUCCGCGUGCCGCACGGCCUCCACGCGGGUGCCGGACACGUGGGUCUGCAGCAGCUGCAGCAGCAGCACCAGCAGUACCAGCAGCAGUACCAGCAGCAGCACCAGCAGCAACAGUACCAGCACCCGUUCCACGCCGUGGUCAGCCCGCGCUCAAGUCUGUCGAGCCACAGCUCGCGCAGUUCCCGGGGUUCUGGCGCCGGCUACCCCGAGCUGCAGCUGCCAUCACCGCGCUCCUCGCUGGGCCACGAGGAGGCGGUGCCCGUUCCCGUGGAGACGGCGCAGAUGCUGGCGUGCACGCCGUUCAGCCAGCAGAAGGCCUACGCCGCCCACCCGCUCACGAUGUCAGGAAUGGGCGAGCAGGUGGGGCUGCCUCCCCACCGCGGCGCACCCGGCCUCCUGGAGGCGCCGGGCGGCGGGGACGCGACGGCCGCCGAGCGCAAGCUGGAGGCCCUGACGCGGCAGAUCGAGUUGGAGAUGGAGGCGCAGACGAAGGCCGAGUACUUUGGCAUGUGCGUCAAGUGCAACAAGGGGGUGUACGGCUCCAGCCAGGCAUGCCAAGCCAUGGGCAACCUCUACCACACGUCGUGCUUCACUUGCAGCUCCUGCGGUCGGACACUCCGGGGAAAGGCCUUCUACAACGUGACUGGAAAAAUAUACUGCGAGGAAGACUAUCUGUACUCGGGCUUCCAGCAGAGCGCGGAAAAGUGCUACGGCUGCGGACACCUCAUCAUGGAGAUGAUCCUGCAGGCGCUGGGGCGGUCGUACCACCCGGGCUGCUUCCGCUGCGUGGUCUGCAACAAGUGCCUGGACGGCGUCCCCUUCACCGUGGACGUGGAGAACAAGAUCUACUGCGUGCGCGACUACCACAAGAUGUUUGCUCCGAGGUGCAACGCCUGUGGCCAGCCCAUCCUGCCAGCCCAGGACACUGAAGAGACCAUACGGGUGGUGUCCAUGGACAACGAUUACCACGUGGAGUGCUACCACUGUGAAGACUGCAGCCUGCAGCUGAGCGACGAGGAGGGGCACCGCUGCUACCCGUUGGACGGGCGGCUGCUGUGCCACGGCUGCCACCUGAAGCGCCUGCGUGGGCAGACGGAGCUCCGUGCCACCAUCCACUGAGCGCCGCCACCUCCCCGCACGGCCACCUGAGACUACGCAGCUCUCCGUCGCUUCCUCCGUUUACGCGUUCACCGAAACCCCUCCCACCUUCUUCCCCGAGAGCCCGGGUCCGCCGGAUGGCGAGCGUAUCGCAAAUGCGCUGAAGCUGAAGCGUCUGGAAAGCAGAGACGAUUUGUAAGGGCCAGCCUCCACGAGGGGGUUGGAGCCCCCUCCUACAACCGGCUGCUUCGCAGGCCCACGGCGAGCCGCGUGGCAAGCCCGGCUCGCGAGGCAGUCCGCUAGCGAGGGCCACGGCCGGUUUCUCGCACUGUGACAGCAACGACGGCGACGACGAUUGGCUGGUGGGGGCGCCGUUGAGGUUUUCGGAACCCCGCCGGUCUGACCGUGCAUCCUGAGGCUCGGAAGAGUUGGCACGGAGGUGUCAGCGGCGCGACCGUCGAGGGCGCGAUGCGGAAGCGCGCACGCGCGAGCGGGCCGUCGUGCAUAGGUGGCCAUGUCGGCGCGUUCAAAUGUCUAAGCAGUUUAAACGUGCCGAAGCGGGACCGCCGUGGCUGCGUUUUGAGGCCGUGUUCGAAUAUCAAAAACAGUUGCCGUCGGGAGCAGCAGCAGCCGGGCUGACGCUGCUAUACCACUCCCCCCCCCCUCCCCCCGUAGGUCAGAGUGUGUUUCCAUCAUUCCCUCCUCUUGCAGGAUCGUAAAAGCUGCGUCGUAACGCAGGCGUAAGCAAGCUGCGUGUGCGCGGUGAUACUGCAGCUGCCGCCCCCGCAGUGCUUGUGAUUAGAAAGAGUGUUACUCACGCCAGCGGUAGGAACUCUCUCGUUUGUUUAAAACACUUCUGCAAGGUCACCGCCGCCGCGUGAUUACGUUGCAGCAAGCUGAACGAUAGCCAACACCCCCUGUUGGCGCCGUCGCUAUCACUGUCGAUUUCGUCAUCGCGAUUUCUCACGUUGGCCCGAGAGUGGGAGUUGGCACGUUCAGUCCGAGCAGGCCAACAAAAACAACAAAUCCAUUCGCUUUUAGUUGUGAGGAUUCCAAGAAAGGUGGUUGUUAGCGUUAACAAAAAACAGUCGUUGCCUUAUAUUUAAUGUAUUGUCAGCUUUUGUGAGCAUCCUGCCCAUCAGUGCAGUUAACUUAAGAUUACAACUUGAUUCAAAUAUCGAAGGAAACAAAUAUUGGUGUUGCAAGAUGUUAACUUGGCAUCUGCUGUCUCAACACUUGUGUAACUGCGCAGACCCAGAGAUGGGCAAUGCAAAGUUCUGAGUCCGAGGGUGCCACAGUGGUGAGAUGUUAACUACCUCGCCUGGUAUACAGGAGGUCGUGGGUUCAAUCCCGACCCUGAAGCCUGCUGUAUAUUUGCAGUUUGCAAGUUCUUUCCGUGGUCGCAUGGACUUUUUUCCGGGUCCUCUGGUUUUUUUCCCCUCCACAUUCAAAAUCGACGUGCGUUUAGGGUAUUUGACUGCUAUAAAUUUCCACAUGAUCAUAAGCCACUGCGUUCAGCUAUCAUUUGUGAAAGCCAGGUCGCUUCUGGAAAAAUAGCUCUACAGCUCAGUGGGCCUUACCUGGUAAACUAAAAAGAUAGUUUAUAUUAUAGUUAUAGACUGGGUGCUGGUCUGAAUACAAUGUUGUAACUGCCCGAUUAAUUGCUACGCCCUUACCAACCAAGGACUCUUUGACUGUCAAGCCUUGCGCGUACAGACCCUCUUCGCAUUCUUACCAAAGUCCGAAUGUGACUGGCGCAGUUAAUCCUUUUGCAGUGUUUCAACAAAGCCAGAAGAUCAGAAGCAACAGAAUAAUAAUAUUUACUUGUACUGGACUGGAGGAAUCCGAUGAGCUAUGAAGCUCAUUUUCACAGAUGUCCAUUCGGGGAGGAUCAGAAAGUUAAAAUAACAAACUGUACAAAAACACGAUCGGAGUCCAAAAUAUAGGUAAGGUAAGCAAAUCACAAAAAAUUUGUUAUGUUAAACUAAACUAUAUUCUACCAGGUAAGGCCCACUGAGCAAUUAGCUUCUAUUUCAGACAGCGACCUGGCCACAAACGAUAGCUCAACAAAGCAGCUUAACAUCGCGCGACCACGCAUGGCUUACGCGCGAGCUGUUCCCCAACGUUAUUAAAACUCGGUGUGUGCAAAAUGAACACGGGUAACUAUUGGAACAAAAAAAACAACAACCCUGUUUGCUCUUGCGCAAGCCACUCUCUCAAAUGAGGGGCGUGCCGUAUACAUUCCCAACGGCCUCGCGUAUUUAGCAAAAUAGUUUCCCGUAUUGGAGCGAAGUCUCUUGCAGGAAGCCAGGUUUUGUACGAUUUGCACCGUGGCGUUUUUUUUUUGAUCGCUCGCAGUUUCAACGAUCGUUGAAACUUGCCGUUUGAAACCGUCAGCGGUGGCGAUUCUUUGAAGAAUCAGGCGCAGUGUUCCCCCGUUCAUUUCGCGAGGGAUACAUUCCGGAGGUGCUCGUGAACAGCACAUUUUUUGCGGAUAAGCUUUCUUUCAUCCGGCUGAUGUGGAUGGAGAGCAACGACUACAUUGAAGGUGGUCAUUAAUGAUAUUGGCUGACUAACCCUUACCUUAAAUAAAAACGUAAAUAUGCUAUUAAAUACGGGAAAAUUAUUUCAUCACUUUGUCUCAUCACUUGAUCUCAUCAAUUUCACUAAUCACAUUCCCUCUCAUCACUUUAUCUCUCAUCACUUUAUCUCUCAUCACUUUAUCUCUCUCGUUGCAGUGGUCGUGUCAGAGUUCUAGAUGCAAUUUGCGGAUAGCCAAAAUCGUGGAUAGCAAGUUCAUGAAUAACGAGGGAAUACUGAAUUUUGCUCUAUACGAGGCCGAAACAGGAUGACGUCUUCAAAAUUCUGACGAACCACCCGAUGAAGCUGGUUGUAAUCACCAGAGAAACAUCCCAGUACUAAAAUUGUAGAUGAUGUGGGGUUUACUAUCCCAAGUGGGAACUAAUUGACACGUUUUGUUUACGUGCCAACCCCUUAUUUAAUUGGCCGUGUCGGGGGUGGUGGUGGCGGCGGGGUUUAACGACACGUUUUAUAUUUACCGCGAUCUGAACCCCAACAACACAAAGCCGAGGGAAUACCGUGUUGUCGAACGGCUUCAGCGCUCACCACCCAAGGUGGCGGCCAGGUCGUAUGCCCGGGAAAUGUAUCACCCUGAACAGAGCGCCCCCCUCAUUUAAGCUGCUACAGCUUUUUGUUUGUCAAGGGCCGACAAAAAUUACCGUUUUUUUUUGUUAGUCAGUGCCAGCGUCCACAUCUUUUUGGUCCUUACGUUCUCGCCCGUAGGCUUUCGCGAGCAAUAUUACAGCGGCUCGUCGUCGAUUUACGUUUGGGUUAAAUGGUGCGGGUAAUAAUGCCGAUGGUUCAGCUGGUAUACCCCUUCGUCACCGGACGGAGCCGAUGGAACAGAUUUUGUUGCGUUUGUCAGAUGUUCGUGACUAUUUAUGAAAGGUAAUUAUUCCGUAUGUUAGUCCUACGGACGCUGGCAUCAACUCACAAAAGUGAGGUUUUACCAAGUUACAAAACCACCUGCUUUAAAAAAAAAACUAUUUAAUGAUACUAUUAUCUUAAACACAAUUGUGUACAUCCAUGCUGAGUGGCCAUGCCCAAAGUAUAACUUGGGGAGAAAAAAAAACAUCUGCGUCGGAUUUAUUUUUCACUGUGGAUAAUUUUGCAGCGUAUCUCUUCGUUAAGUCGCAGCGCGCCGACACAUUUCGAGAGGGUUCUUUGAAACAUUUCAAAAAAAUAGCUGCAAGAUUUCAAAACAUUUCAUCCGUUUGGCUCGAUGCGACUCUUCGUCUGAAGGGUCCCUUCUCUCGUCCUGGUGAUAAUGAGCGUCGACAAAAACUGAAGUUUGUGGUUUGCGAGAGGAGCUACUCGUCAGCUUCGCGUGGGAAACAUUUAGAAACAGGUCAAAGCAGAGGCAUCCCCUAGGGUGGACGGCGAAUCGGGGUGACUGCCCUGGGCCCCACGCUUUGGGGGGGCCCUGGGUCCCGGGCCCCACGCUUUGGGGGGCCCCAGGCCCUGUGCUUUGGGGGGCUCCGCGCUUUUACAUCACGGUGUCAGAUGUAAUACUUCCGGUUUAGUUUGAAGGUGUCGGGGUGGAGAGGGGGGGGCCCACACAGUGUGGCUUUCGGCCCGGGCCCCACACACCCCCUCCCAUUGGACGGCCCUGCGGUCAAGCGACGAUGCCCGUCUUGUUACGCACGCAGCUCUUUGCCGGCGUUGUUGACGAGUGUGCCCCCUUCCAUUGAACGGAAGGAGAAAUGGCCACGGCACGGCCGCUAGUUUUUUUGAAAGAGAAUCAAAACGGUCAAUCAAGGCCUAGGGACUUUUUUGUAACGUAAGUUCUAUGAAAGAGCAGAAGGUUUCAAAUGAACGUUACGGAUUAAAAGCCCGCGAGACACCUUCCCAGUAGUGAACGUCCCAACAACGUUGGUGCCGACGCGGCCGGAACCAUUGGGGGCGCGUGAGAUCGUCGGCUCAACGUUUGGCAGCAACGUUGGGCCCAAAACGGCCGCACGUUUACUGGGCGGCUGCUUCAAAUCAAAUUGCGACAACGCGGUUGUCGUGAACUCAUUCUCGCGGCAUUCUUAUCGCAACAAGCGACCGGUUAACAGCGCUCCCACCGCUGCUCGCAAAACUCAAAGUUGUAACUGUGGGCGGCAUUUGUAUGGGUUUUUGGGAGGGGGGGGGGGGUCGGUAAACACAAUUCCUCCUGCAAAUUGUGAUCCUAGUGUUCUGGGGGGGGGGGGGGGGGGAUUCUGAGAAAGUAGUUCCGCAAGGAUUGCCUGCAAUGGCUUCCACUUCAACGUGGACAGCUUCUGUUGUUGUUGUUGAUAUUGUUGUUGUUGAUAUUGUCGUCGUGUUGGCGAACGGCGACGCCGCACGUGUGAGAGGUGCCUGCCACUUCGUCGACGCCGUUUGAAAAAAAGCGUUGUAAAUAUUUCUGAUCGCUGCAGUUUGGGGGGGGGGGGCUGGGGUUUGGAGGGGUGGGGGGGGGGGGAAAUGACCUGUAAAGCUUAAAGUGUAGAAGGAGAUGUUGUGAUUCGUGCUUCCGAAAGGAGGGGGAGUUGGAGGAAAGUAGGUUUCGGAUCGUAGGUCGCCGCCGUGGCUGGCCGAUGCACACGUGCGCAGGUUAUUGGCGUCGGUGUAAAUUGUACAUUUUUUUUUUCAAAGGAGUUUUGCGGAUUUGCAGUAUUUUUUUUUCGUUUUAUUGUCGCGCGUGUUCACGAUUUAAGAUGUAGAUUUAUCAUUCCCCGGACGCUCACUCUCUUUGCAAAGUUGUUGUUGUUGAAGAGAACGGUUUUUUUAAAAUAUUAAUUAUAUAUCAGCCUUUUGAAAAUUAUACAUGGCUUGUUUUUUACGCGCGUUGAAAACUUCAAGCGAUCACAUGUUUGUCAAAACAAAAGCUCGCCCCCUAACACGUUUAACUUGGUGUGUAAAUACAAUUUACAACAAAAAAAAGAGGCUUGUAAAAAAAACUAGUGAAGGUAACACGGUGUUUGCUGGUUUCUUUAGAGCUUUUUUUUUUAUUCCGUCUCUUGAUGUUAUGAAGGAAAUGUCAAAAGUCGAUACAAAAAACAUUUGAAUCGUACACGCAGGUGGUGCGAAUGGCCGCUUGGUAUCGCCGUGCGUGCGUGCGUUUGGUUGGACACUGGUGGCUUUUGUUUGAUCGUUGGCAAGGGGAGCACACGGCCAGAUCUACGCGCGCGCGAGCGUUUCCAGCGCAGGCGCCAGACCACAAAUGAGACAUCCCCCCCCCCCCCCGUACAGCCUUUACCAGACUGCUGGGGCAAGGGUCGUAAGCGAGUAGCACCUCACGAAGGCCGGCACGGCACACGAAAGGGGGGGGGGGGGGGGGUUCGGUGGCCAGCACCACACCCGGCCGCCGUUAUCUCUCCUUUGCGGCGGUGUUUACGGUACACCGCACCAGGUGCUCGUUCGAGGCUGAGUCGACCUAGGGGAGGCCGAGGACCGGUUCAGAUAAUCGUCAUCGGUGUUGUUGGCCGUGAGCGGGAAUCGCUCUCGGGUCGCCGGGUUCGUAGCGCAGGCUCCUCUUGAUUCGUGGUCACCCCCCCUGCCCCUCUAAUAUUUGAUAUCAAAAUAUCGCGUGGCCGCACCGUGAAGAGGGCACAUGAACAAAAAAGCUCCACGCAAACACGCCAAGGGCAGGAGCGGCCGUGCUCGGGUUGAAUGCAAUGCGGCUCGGUCGUGGUGGUGGUGGUGCAGCGUAUAUCUUCGUUAAGUACAAGAUUUUUUAAAAAUAAAGCCGUUCUAUCGCUUUGCGGCAAGAACACAAGGUGGGAAGAUUUGUCCAGUCACGUCAAACAAAAACUAGCGUGCUGUUUUUUUACGUCACAAAACGCUACUCGUCUUAUUGCAAUUGUCGUGAGUUUGGUGUCCGAUAAAAUACAAGUCGCUCAGUCAUCCAAAGGCCACGAAUCUCCACUCGGCCUCUGCUGCCUUAACGUGAACUGUGAAAGUCGUGGGAAUGUGUGUUUUUUGUUGCGCCGGCACCUGGCGUCAAUGUGUGUGGCAACCCUCCACCUUUGCCUUGAUGAGACACAAACCUCGUUGACAGCUCGGGGUGGGGGAGGGGGGAGAGCUCGUGGACAAAAAGGCACAGAGUUGACGUGCCACCCGCCCAAUUGUGGCAUCUCCAGAAUUGUGUUGCCUCCAGAAUUGGGUCACGUGCAGAAUUGUGGCGUCACCUGCCGCGUUUCCGCACUCAAGUCUGAAUGAUGCGUUCGUGCCAAGACUGCCAAACCAUUCCUCGGCACGCGCGUGCACCAGGCACACGGUUCGGUUCGUGUCGUCCGGUGUUCAUCAUUGCAAGGCCCGCGAGCCACCGGCAGGCCCCUGGUGGCCUUUAGUGCGGCCCCUGACGUGCCCCCCCCCCCCCCCCCAUCUCAUCAUCAUCGUCGUGCUGUCAAACCCCCGCUCCGAAAAUGAGUGAAGACCACCGCUGUAGGCCGUCACGCGAAUGAGGCAGCGUCGUGUGGGCCUCCACCCCCGUGGCGAGAGAGUGAAGGCCAUACACUCGUCGACGUCAAACGUCUAUGCAGUCUCGCGCCUCACCCGAAACACCUCAACAAGGUGGUGCACACACUCCGCACGGCUUCCACGUGCGCUCGGCUCGUGCCUUGACUGGCUUGACAAUUCAGCACGCAGUACAAACCACGUUGCGGUGGGCUCCACGGAUGGCACGCUCGCUCGUUUUGUUUCGUUGCCGAUGGUGGGAAAACGCCGUCUUCUCGGCCGACUCUGGUGCGCUAAACUCGUAGGCUGCGCUUCGCUCGCUCUCUCCGAAACAAUUUUACACUUCGGCUGCAUUCGCGGCAUUUAAGCUCGCAGCUGCGAUAAUUAAUCAAAGUGUGCGGCGGCGGUGGCGGUGCUGUUGUUGCUGCUGGUUUAGCAUUGGCGUCCCAAGCAAGCACAUUGAUCAACAUAACACUGCGUUGCCCGAAUAUAUAACAGGUAUAUAAUAGGCGUCGUUUCGGGCAAUGGGCCUUCUUCAAAUAUUGUAAAUAAUUGUUUUCCUUCUCAGGCAGUGUUAUUGACAAAUGUUUUGGGUUUCAGGACGGGGCCAACCCGUUUGGCCCUGGUUCUGUCUCAGUGCUGGGGUGGGGGAGGAUGACGCUGCUGCUGCUGCGUCCAAUCCAAGGCUCAAAUAUAUGGUAGAACGUGUGAGUGUGUGUGUACGUAUGUUGAACUUCUUUCGCACGGGAGAAAGAAAACAAACUUGAGCACAGAGCAGUUCUAACGUAACGAGCUUGUCAAUCGAGACGAUUUUAAAAGUGCCUGCUUCCCGGUGGCUUCCUGUCGACCGGAAGGAAGAACGUUCCAGACGGCCCGCAGGAAGCGCACCUUCACAUUGGUGACGAGGGGCACGUUCACUGCUCGUAGUGAUGACGAGUCGCACGGUGCGGUGUUACCUCUUCGCUCGAUCACAGCAGCGGCUCGGUAACCGAGAAGAACGCCUAAAUCGCGUAAAUCGAGCGUCGCACUCGGCCCGUUUUCAUGCUGCACGGAUUGAACCGUAUUUACAAAAGGUUUUACCCUUCCUGGCAAUCAAAACAGCAGGUGUUCAGAUGUUAAAACACGUAACGGAAUCUUUUUUCAAGGAAUCAUGUCUGCUUUAACCACACGUACUUGUGGUGAAUAUGCAAACACAAAAACAUGCUCUGGUAAUACAUGAUGCGUUGUUUUUUAAACUGAUUGGUCCACACCAGAGACGGCUUUCUUUAGAGCCGAGUCUCAACCAGUGUUAGGCCAGAGAACGCCAAAAGGCGAACAUUAAACCCGUUCAAAUGUUAAUGCGCUGUUACAACAACAACAGCGGCAGCAACAAUGGGAAGGAGGAGCACUGGUUUCGGAAAUCCACCUUCACACCGCCCCCCACCCCACCCCACCCAGCAAUGCAGUGAACGUCGCCGGGGCAGAGUUGCGAAGUUGCUACGGUCCGUAGCUGCUCUCUUGAGACGCUCACGAGCAGAGGAGGGGGAAGGGGUCGUUGCGUUACGCACGCCUUGCCCUGUUCACGCGUACUCCGGCAGCGGCAAACCCCUUCACACCGGCGACUAACAUUUAUCUUUAAUACGCUUGUAAGAUUUGUUUUAUUUUUAAACUAGUUUAUUAUACAGAUUUUUUUUUACAUUUCUAUCCAAGGCUAAAUUUAAUAUUUUGUAAUAUUUCAUCAGCAUGUUAUUCUAAAUAAACAUAUUUUUGUUAUUAUUACAGUUA